AUGAAUUGUGAUAAAAAUGUGUCGAAGAAAAGGAAAACAGCUUCUGAACAAGUCGACACUUUCGAAAAUAAGAAAAUCUUUAGAUCCAAAGUUGCAAGUUUUGAUUGGGAAAAUUUGUGCUUUAUUUGUGGUAGUAAAAAAAGGAAUGGUAUUAAAAAGUUAACAGAAGCAAGUUCAAACAGUGGUGUUAAGCAACGACUUUUUAAUGCUGCCACAAUAAGACAAGAUGCGCUUCUUCUAGACAAACUGUCUUUACCUCAUGAUUUGUCUGAAAUAGGCGCUCGUUACCAUGCAUAUCCUUGUUAUCAAAAUUAUGUCAGUGAAAAUACUUUGCGAGCUAUUUCAAAAAAUUUGUCUAGUAGUGAAAACAAUGAAAAUUCCAUGAUGGGUAAUGCGGGUGGUUUCCUUGAAGAACCUGUCUUAGCAGAUGAAGAUAAUAGAUCAAGUCCUGCACCUUCACUGUCCUUCUGUGAACCGAAUGUUCGAAAGACUUUGGAAGAAGUUAUUGAUCAAGUUUGUGGGAUUGAUGAUGACGACAAAGGUUAUCUGGAAUAUCCAGGUAAUGAGGAGGGGUUUGAUAAUAGUGACGCGGACCCAGAUUAUAUACAAGAAAGUGUUAUCGACUCCGAUAAUGACAUCCCAAAGAAAAAGCUGCAAACAGAUACAACAGCACUUAUUGCACAUGAGUCAGGAAGAGAAAUCUUAAAAAAUAAACUUGGACGAAAAUCGCUAAAAAAUGAAACUAGGCUAAUUCGCGAGGAACGAAAGCAGAACAGAAACCUUGGGUUAUCGUAUACCACGAAAAGUGGGAAGGUUAUAAAACCACGGACAUGUCAGGAGCUAUUAAGUUGCCCCUUAAAAUGCAAAGACAGGAUAACUGAAGAAAAACGACAGGAAAUUUUCAAAGAAUAUUGGUCUUUAGCGAGCUUUAACAAACGCGUUUCUUUUAUAGCUAGGCUUAUAACAACCGACGGAAAGAAAACCACAAAACGUAAAUUAGAAAACAAAAAACUUAAAAAUAGGCUUCUGUCACAUAAAUAUUUUUUACCACUAAAUGGUCAACUAGUUAACGUUUGUCAAAGUUGUUUCCUAAAAACUUUUAACGAAACAAAACGGUUUCUAACCGAUGUGACAAAAAACAAGAUUUCUUCAACUUCUGCAAUGCCACAUGAUGAUUUGCGAGGUCUUGCCUCACCAUCUAACAAAACUCCCGAACAAGAUAUUCAAUUAGUAAGAGUUCACAUUGGAUCAAUCCCAACGUAUGAGAGUCACUAUUGUCGUCGUGACUCAUCAAAGAUAUAUCUUCCUCAUUACUAUACCUUAACAAGAAUGUAUGAAGAAUACAAAAAAUGGCUACCUCACGAGAAAACCCCAGUAUCGAAAUUCAAAUAUCAAGAAGUAUUCCAUUCCAUGGAAAUAAAAAUCAAACAGCCCAAAAAGGAUACCUACGCUACAUGCGAUAAAUAUCAUAUGCUCCUGAAAAAACUAAAGAUGCACAAAAAAUGCAAGAAAUUCAAAAUCUUUUUGAUAAUCACCAACGAGAAGCAUCAAACGCUUAUGAGGCUAAGCGUAUAG